AUGGCAACAAGUAGACGUCUAACCCAGCCCCGGUCGCGGAACGGCUGUACCACUUGCAAAAUCCGGCAUGUCAAAUGCGACGAGAAAAAGCCGGCGUGUACGCAAUGUCAAAAAUCCGGCCGCAAGUGUGAUGGCUACGAAAACGCAUCCCAGGCACAACUGCGCCAGCGGAUCCAGGAGCGACACCGGCCGAUCGAAAGAGACACAUUCAGAGCUGACCAGCGACUCGUCUUGCGCCAGGAAACACGUACUGAGCGGCGGUAUGUCGACUUCUUCUAUACCAAGACCUCGCAUGUUUUCUCGGGACUGUAUGAGUCCAAGCUGUGGUCCUAUCUCAUUCCGCAGUUUGGGGAGCACGAACCCAGUGUGAGACAUGCUAUGACUGCCAUCGGGGCAAUCCACUCGCGGCUACAGAUCACAGAUGCUGCUUCAAAGUCCGAGGAUACGGGCCCAACCGAGCGGUUUGUGCUCGAAGAGUAUAACAAGUCUAUCCAGGGUUUGGUCAAGUCACUUUCGGCUGCAAAGGGGGAGAGUGUUGACCUGACGUUGACUUCUUGUUGCCUCUUUGUGUGUUUGGAAAUUCUUCGGUUUAAUCGCAGAGCAGCCCUGGACCAUAUUGAAGCCGGCCUUCGAAUAAUCUACAAACAUGAGCAAACCUCAGCGGGUGCUUGGACCAGCGAACUCUACCAGCAACUACGCGACCUAUUCAUCCGACUAAACCUCCAGGCUUCAUUCAUGGGCGGUACACUAGUCCCUCUGAAGCUGUACUCAUCGGAAACAGUCCAGUCAGGCCUCGCCUUUAACGAUAUGAUCGAGGCAAGAAACCAGCUCGACCAAGCUAUUACAAGGGGCCUCCUCUUCAUCCGCUCCGUCGGCAUCAUGCGCGAGGCACGCGAGCCAGCCUUCCAACUUGAGCUCGAAAUAGAGCAGGAGAAAGUCCACCGAGAACUCCUCGCCUGGCGACGGUCCCACGACAAACUGCUCCAUAAGCUCGGCCCCAAAAUCCAGCAAUCCGAGCUCUGCGCUUCCCUCCUCCAACGCAUCUACUACUCCACCGCAUUGAUAUGGUCUCUCGUCGUCCUCGACCGCAGCGAAGACUCCUACGACAGCUUCACGGCCGAGUUCGAAACUGUCGUCUCCCAUAUCGAGCAAUUGCUCCAGAUCAACCCGUCCUUCGCUAACAGCAAAACUCAUACUGGUGCAAGUCAGCCCUCAUUCUCACUUGAAAAUGGGAUCAUCGCCCCAGCAUACUUUGCCGCCUGUCGAUGUCGGCACCCAUCCGUCCGCCGCAGAGCACAGAAAAUCCUUUUCAAUUACUCCAACAGAGAAGGUAUGUGGAAUGCCCGAUUAUACGCGGCAAUCGCAAAGCUCGUCACGGAAAUCGAAGAAAGCCAAUGCGCGGUACCACCAACGAGCGAAAGUGAUAUCGGACCAACCGCACGCGUUUACGAGGAGGUCCAAAUGAGGGAAGAAAAGGAUAAUCCCAUGCAUGUUAUGGUUUAUACCAAGCCUGACGGGGUCGAUGGGCUGUGGGAGAUGACCAAUUUCAUGGUUGAGUGGUAA